UUGCAUAAAUUGCGUUCACUGCGACGAUCAUUUCUUCAUUUUCAUUUCAUUUCCGCAGUUCAUAUAUGAUUUAUUUCAUAUAUCAUUAACACUGCUUUGAAGUUAGUAAAUAUAUUUAUAUAUAACAAUCAUUCAAAACGUAUAACAAAACAAGUGAAACAUCUGUUUUGCCACACUGUAAUGCCCGAUCAACAGUAGAUGUCUUUUCAGCAAUUUUUCAUCGUGGUUCAGUUAACUGCUCAUCAAAGUUUAACUUACGGACCAUCUUGACAUAAUUUCUCUAAACGUUAGUCAAUCCGUGUCGUGACUCUAGUCGGAGCAUGUCUAGAAAACUGAUCCUACUGAACUCCUGAAAGAUCAAACGCUUGUGCAAGGUCCGACAAGGAUUUUACAUGCUUCAAGCACCAGAAAUCCAUAAAGGACAACAAAUGGAUUGGUCGAAUCUCACACGUUGUGUAUUAAACGCGUACUUGUCUUACACCGCCAUCAUGCUGAACAUUGUAGCAAUCUACGCGAUCAGAAAAACUCCAUCAUUGUCAAAAAAUUUAAAAACUUUGCUUCUGUGUCUGGCUGUUUCUGAUCUUGGUGUUGGUUUACUAGCUCAGCCAAUGUAUGUUACUCGACUUGUUGUGGACUCAACACAAAAGAAUGCAACUUAUAAUACCACAUUUAACGCGUUUCUUAUUCUGACGAAUUUGUUCACUUUUGCGUCAUGGUUUAGUGUCACGGCUCUCUGUGCAGACAGAUUUUUCGCCAUUUACCUUCACCUCAGAUACCAAGAACUUGUGACAUACAAGAGCGUUGCUGCAGCAGUUGUCUUCAUUUGGAUACUCAGCGCACUUAUUUCACUGAUGAGUUUAUUAAUCUCAAAAGAAACAAUGAACGUAAUUUUCGUUGUUAUUGUGACUGUUUCUAUUACAACUACAACGCCCAUGAGCGUCAAACUUUACCUUACUACUCUACGCCACAUUAACCAAAUUCGAGUAACGCAAGUAGCGCUGAAUAGUCAAGUCGACAGCCUUCAAAGAAAAAGGAAAUCUGCGAUGGUAUCGCUUUUCCUGUAUUUUGCUACCAUAGUUUGCUGUUUGCCUCAUAUUUGUAGGUUAUUUAUUAUCGCCGCCAUUUCCGAACCAGGGGUUUAUGCACAGUAUUUCCGCUUUUAUGCUCUGACCCUAGUGUUUCUUAAUUCAACCCUUAACCCACUGAUCUACUGUUGGAAGAUGAAACAGAUACGAAACACUGUCAUAGGCAAGCUACGAGAAGUAUUUUCAAGUAUAUUUCAGUAA